AUGUCUGCGAGGGCGGUGCCAUCCCGCCCUGGAAGCGACAGGCGCUGCAGCUGUGCCAUUAUGCGCUUUCAAGCCGACCUGACCGCCGGCCUUUGUCGGCGGCGGAUACCCGCCACACUGGGCGGCGCAUGCAUCGGACGUCCAAGCGCUGCGGCCAGCACACCGCACAGCAUUUCCAUGGGAGCUGUGCCAGCCUGGGCGGCCAGCGCCCUCAAUUCGGCCUCGCCCCCGGCGUGGAACGCCAUCAAGACCUCGUUCGCCGCCGCCAGUUCGGGCGCCAAGGAGCGAGGCAUGGCUGGCUGCCGGCUGGCCCAAGCGCACCAGAUACCGGCAACCAGAGCUGCCCCCAACAAGUCGCACAUGGUGCAGAAACUCGUCGGCUACAGAGUCCUUUUGCGGGCGAUGGAAGGCUUGGGCUGCCCCAGGUGUGCGCGCGGGAACGAAGCGACGCAGCGUGUUCGCGGGUAUCUGAGCCCCGCAGCACUGCGCGGGCAGAGCUGCCAGCCCCUAUGCCAGAGACGGCGAUGGGAGCAAUUUAAAAAGGACUGGGCCGGCAUUGCAGAUGCUUUGCCGGUGAUCCACGCCCGGCUGCCUGAGUUUGCCGAGCGCUGCCGGGAUGUACUGGAGCAUGGCGGUGACAAUGCCUCCAGCCUGCGCGCUGCUGCAGAGGCGGCCACCUACCCGGAGCUCCGGCGCCAAGGGCCGCAGAAGCUCCUGGUGCUUGGCAGCGAGGUCGGAGGGCGCUUCAACAGCGACGCCCAGCAACUGGUGCGAGACCUGGUCCGACUGCGGUCCUACACUGCGCCGCCAGCCCUGUGCGCCGCCGCGUCUUCCGGCUGGACGCGUCACUGGUGGGGCAUGCUGUCUGUCGCAGUGCAGCAGGCAGUCGCAAGCACUGCCCUUGGGCAGCCAUGGCCCCAACCGCCGCAGGCCACCAGCGUUGCGGGUCCGCCGCUCGACCGCGUUCUCGACCUCGCAGAGGCCGAGGGGCCGAGCCGCCUGCCGCUGGCAAUCAAGCUGGCGCUGCAGAGCCUACACCAGAGGCCCAGGAGCUUCACUGUCAGCCAGCGGCAAUGUUCUCUGUCACUGGCAGUAGGCAGUAGCCACGAUGACUGGCUGCAUCGCGGCUAUCUGCUGCAGGAUAUGGACUUCCACAGUUAUGUCGUUUUCGUGGAGCUGGUGCUGCGGCCAUCUCGGUUGUCCGGUUGGCGAUUCUUGUUUGAUACUCACUGUGCUGGCUUCAUUUGA